GCUGUAUUAACCCAUCACUAAUCAUAUAGCGAGAGACAGAGUAGGGCAGCCAGACUUUGACUGCAUCGUCACCGCGUGUGUGUUUGCGUGUGAGCGGCUGGUGAGGGAGAAGCGAGGGGUGUAUCCGAGCAGGGAGCUUUUCCCUGUUGUAGUAACCAAGCGUACGCCGGCUGCCAGCCAUUACUUCACUGCAGCAGCAAUCAGCCCCCGGCUCCUCCGUAGUUUCUGAGCCAGACACACUAACCUGUCUGUCCCCUCCUCCUUUUUCUCUGCAUAUUCAGCAGAGCUGCCCUCCUCUCCUCAUCAUCACUCCGCCACUGCUGCGGCAUCGCUCUUUGCUCGAAGGGGACGCUGGCCUGUUCCUCAGCCACUGAUUCUGCAUGACUGUCACAAAGAUGUCAUGGCGUCCGACCUACCGAAGCUCCAAGUUUCGAAAUGUUUAUGGCAAAGUAGCCAACCGGGAGCACUGCUAUGACGGCAUCCCCAUCACCAAGAACGUCCAUGACAACCACUUCUGUGCGGUCAACUCCAAGUUCCUGGCGGUCGUCACGGAGAGUGCCGGCGGGGGCUCUUUCAUUGUUAUACCUGUAUCCCAGGCUGGCCGUCUUGACAGUCAUCAGCCGAAGGUUUGUGGUCACCAAGGCAACGUGCUGGACAUCAAGUGGAAUCCCUUCUUUGACAACAUCAUAGCAUCUUGCUCUGAAGACACCUCGGUCCGAGUAUGGGAGAUCCCAGAAGGCGGUCUGAGGCGCAGCAUGACAGAGGCCGUGCUGGAGCUUUAUGGUCACAGCAGGCGGGUGGGACUCAUCGAGUGGCAUCCCACCAGCAGCGGCAUCCUCUUCAGUGCAGGCUACGACUAUAAGAUCCUGAUCUGGAACCUGGAGAUCGGAGAGCCAGUAAAGAUGAUCGACUGCCACACUGACGUCAUCCUCGGCAUGUCGUUUAACACAGAUGGCAGCCUGCUGGCCACCAGCUGCAAAGACAAGAAGCUGAGGGUCAUUGAGCCGCGCUCUGGGAGAGUCCUCCAGGGCAGUUGCAAGAACCACCGUGUAAACCGAGUUGUUUUCCUGGGCAACAUGAAGCGACUGCUCACAACAGGGGUUUCUCGCUGGAACACCCGGCAGAUCGCUCUCUGGGAUCAGGAGGAUUUGUCCAUGCCAAUUGUGGAAGAAGACAUAGACGGCCUAUCGGGACUGUUGUUUCCUUUCUAUGAUGCUGACACACACAUGCUGUACCUGGCGGGCAAGGGGGAUGGCAACAUCCGUUACUUUGAAAUUACCGCAGAGAAGCCAUACAUGCAGUACCUAAUGGAGUUCCGCUCCCCAGCACCACAGAAAGGACUCGGUGUGAUGCCAAAGCACGGGCUGGAUGUGGGAGCCUGUGAGGUGUUCCGCUUUUACAAACUAGUCACCCUGAAGGGUUUUAUCGAGCCCAUCUCCAUGAUUGUGCCGAGAAGAUCCGACACGUACCAGGAGGACCUAUACCCGAUGACAGCCGGAACUGAGCCUGCCCUGUCUGCCAGCGAGUGGCUGAGUGGGAUCGAUAGAGACCCGGUCUUGAUGUCCUUAAAGGAUGGUUACCAACGGCCAAACCAACUAGUGUUCAAGGCUCCAGUGAAGGAAAAGAAGAGUGUGGUCGUCAACGGGAUUGACCUGCUGGAGAACGUACCGCCCAGGACAGAAAACGAGCUCUUGCGGAUGUUUUUCCGGCAGCAGGAUGAGCUGCGGCGGCUCAAAGAGGAGCUGGCCACCAAGGAUGUGCGAAUACGCCAGUUAGAGCUGGAGCUUAACAACCUGAAGAACGUUAGCCCUAACAACGUCUGACCUCUUAGCCUCUGGACUGGCAAAGCAGCUUCCUUUGCCUCCAAAUCUGACCUCCGACAAGCUUCUGAGCCCUCCCACCUCACUUUUUUGAUAUGUCCCAUUGUAUCAUGACUUCAUUCCUGCUGCCCCACCUCGUGUACACUAUAUACCUGUUGAAUAAUGUCUUAUCUAAUCCAAUUACUAGAAUGUUGUUGUAGUGGUAGAUAUAUUACUAAGACAAGGGAUUUCAGGGAUGUCCAAUUUAUUAUUAGGUCAACGAUAGAGAAAUUUUAGAUCUAGUCAAAUUUUGGUAUUUGGUUUUUUAAACUGAAUAUUUCUGAUCGAGCACAUUCUCAAUUGUUACGAUCACUGACACCAUCUUUUUCAACCACAGCACCGAGGCAUUUCUCUCAGUACGCCUGCCUGCUGUCCAUUUGCAAAUGUCUUGAUUGGCAUGCAAAACAUCUCCAGAA